GCCUCAUCACCACAGCAGCCACAGAUGCUUGUUUGUUACAUGUUUGUGUUUGUCACCAUCCACCAACUUGAAUGAGCCACAUCAGCGCCAUUCGUCAUUUUAGGAAAGGAGUGUCGUGCUGUUUUCAUUGCCCAUCACUCUCACCAUCAAACAAAAAAGUGUUUGGCAGAAUUUUCAUCCUUUCGUGGGAGCGGUAAUUUUCGAUAGCCUCAGCGGUUGGUUCGAUAAAUCCCAUCUCCCUCCAACCAAGUUAAACAGCUCUACCAUCCUCAGUCCAGCCAGUUGCUUUUUGAAUUAUCAAGAAUGGGCAACACUCAUGUCCACGAAAAAGCAUGUGGGGAUUGUCCCGCCCCAUCAGUGGUGGCCAAACAGCAUGUGCAUGUCAUAUCAAGUGUUCGAUCCGUGGACAAGGCUGAGACUGCCAAGGCAUGUAAGAACAAUUCCGAUAACACCAGCACUGACACAGCAACCACCACCAAAAGCAGUAUCGCAACAACAACAGAAAAUACGCCCGAAACUGAGUCUACCAAAAAUGUCAGCAGCAGUACAACCUCGAUUUUUUUGAAGACUAUCAAGAGUACUCUGCAAGAUAUCUUUGAUCCUGUUGAACCGGAACGAUUGCCGCCCAAACGGCAUCCUCCUAAGCAACUGAUUUAUGGCUGCCAAACAGCCGAGCAACAUUUUGACUAUAUCGAUGCCAUUUGCGAUGAAUCUGUCCACUGGCACGGAAAGGAAGGACUGGAUGCCAUGGGAUUUGAAUUCAGACUUGUCCAUCACCCAAAAACAUGCACCUGUCCGGAUAAUAUUCAUGCCAACAAUAAAGAUGACGAUGAUUUGACGGAUAGUGAAGCAGAGGAUGAUGAAGAACAGGGUUACAUGGAGGAAAGCGACAAUGAUGAGGGCGACAACGAUGAUGGGUAUGGGCAAUUUGACGAUGAAGAUUCAGAUAAUGGUGCAGGACAAGCCCAACGCAUGAGUGAGGCCUCUUCUAUGGUCCCUGUAAAAGAACAGGAAGAUUACACAUCUACAAUGGUACCACUCAAUGAUAGCAUUGCUACUGCGACUAUUGGUGGCCCCGGUUCUAUUGCAUCUGCAUCUCCCUAUGCAUCCAGUGUUGUGUCACGCAACACUUCGACGGCCAGUCUCUUUUCUUUGGCUACACACAACACAGACGCAGAAUUCACUUUGGGCACCCUGGAAGAUGGCAGUAGUCUACGGCGACAACGACAUGGAAGUCGUCGCUCGUCACUGGCUCGAAGGAGUGCCCGCUUUCCCUUGGCUACCAUAUCUUCCCAGCAAGCCGUAGCUGUCAUGGAACAGGAUUCUUGUGCAUUACGACUGCAUCAUGUGCAAUCUGGCGGGACUCUAGUGACACCAGAGAACCAUCUGCAGUUCAUACCCGACGGAAAAUUCUAUGACGAAUUGGCACGGUUCUGUAUGGAAUACUCACAACAAAUUAUGCUCGAAGAAGCUGACUUGGAAUGGGUGCCCAUUCCAACUAACAGCACAACUGUUCUUGAUGACAAAGCAGAAGAAGAAGAGAACGACAAUAAAUGCAAGUACAAUGCCAUGGUCAGUCGGUCCUACAUGGAACGAAGGAGACAACGGCAGUCAGGAGCUUGCAGUGCUGAAAGCAAAGAAAAACAGAAAACACUGGUGAUCAUCACUGGAAAAGGGCAAGUCCAUGCGGGAAUCUUCUCAAGACGGCAUUUGCUAGUCACCAGCAUGGAAGCUGCUACGUCGCUUCCCUUUACCCGAGGAGCACAAGAACGUGGGAUGGGCAUUAUCAUGCUGGAUCCAAAUGCGCUGGGGUACAGAAUGGGGAUGGACGUCGUGGAGAACAGUUUGAAGUAUCUUUUCUUGGAGGAUGGUGCAUGCAAUGAUGAGGAAGAGAUAUAUGUGUUGGGGCAUAGCAUGGCAGGGGCCCAGAUUGUGAGGUUCUUUACAAGCAACUCUUGCUCUCACAGUCGUCCAGCCACACCAUCAUCCUCGGUUAGUGAUGGCACCAGUAGUGCAGCAGCCAACGGUGUGACAACGAGUGAUAAGACUACAGCUGAAGAGGGAGGAAUUGCCAGAUUAUUGAAAAAGAUUAGAGCCGUGGCCUUUACCGACUCCAAUCACAACAUAAACUGGACAAAGAGGCAUCCAGAGUUGACUGAGGUGCUAACAGGACCAAAAUCGCUUUACAUCAAAUCCCACAAAGUUCACGAAAAGGCCAAGUCAUUAGGAGAAAAGCAUCACGAUUGCCAGUUUUGGAGGCAUCGAUUUGGGGAUAUCAAAACUCUUUGGGCCGGAACACAUGAGCAUGCACUAACAAACUACACAGCUCGCGCACAUAUUUGGGAACAUUUUGACACCUUUUUGAAGGAACAGGAGGAGGAUCAGCAAUAGGAAUUGUUCCACCCAAUUUGGUACGAAUAAUGGCGAAGGCUCGCAGAGACAGCGGAAACUGACGCCAACCAACCUUCAGGCAACAAAAAGAAGAUUAUAAAAACUAGCUAAGCCUCUCGUAGCAAAGAGAAUUGUUCAUC